AUGUUCAGCCAUGGAUCCACCAUGAUGCUAGGAGAGGAAUCCGCCCCAGCAGCAGCCUGGAAAGCAGCAGGCGACGAAGCUCUCCGGCGCGGCAUAAAGAGAAUCGUGAUAAUGGGCGCCCACUGGGAGAGCCUCGGCGACGGCGUCGAAGUCAGCAUGAACCCCACCCCACAACUCCUCCCCGUCGGCGCCGUCCGCGACGACCGCUACCUGCCGUACAAAGUCACGCCGGACCUGCCCGGCGGAGAGAAGGUCCUCUCGCUCCUCCGCGCCGCCGGCAUCCCCGCGUCGCCCGCGCCAACGUUCGACUGGAUCCACGACACCUUCAUCAUCCUGAUCCGCAUGUUCCCGCACUGCGUCCCGCCGCCCACCGUCAUCGUGUCGGCGAACGCGCGGUGCGAUCCGCAUUUUCACACGCGCGUCGGCGCGGCGCUGCGGCCGCUGCGGGGGGAAGACACGUUGUUGAUCGGGAGUGGUGGGACGGUGCAUAACUUGUACCGCAACCAUUGGUUGGAUAUGUUUCGGUUCUAUGACAACUUUGCACAGCCCGUGCCGCCGGCGCCGUGGGCGCUCGAGUUCCGGCAGGCGUUGGAGGAUGCGGUGCUGAAGCAGAGGGGCCCGGAGCUGAGGAGGGCGAUGACGAGGUUGAUGAAGCAUCCGAGGUAUAGGGAUGCGCAUGGGACGGAUGAUCAUUAUAUGGCGAAUUUGUUUGUAGCGGGGGCGGCGGGGGCGCCGGAGGAUGUGGGGCCGAAUACAAGGCUGGCGGAGUGUUGGGAGCUGGUGAAUAUGUGUAAUACUCAGUUCCAGCUUGGGGCGUGGGAGUAG